AUGUCGACGAUCGGAAGAACGCUGACCAACCUGCGAAAGGUUGGUAUCAAGGACUACUUUAGACAGAUGCUGUACAUCGGUGAUACCAAGGCUGGUGUUCUCAUCGGCACCGAUCGCGCCGGUAACAAGUUCUUCGAGAACCAGGAGGAACUUCCCCUCCGAACACGUUGGGUCGAGUACGCCAAGCACGAUUACGAUGCUGCCCACAUCGAGCCCGGAUGGCACGCCUGGAUGAGCUACUCCGUCGAGAAGCCCCCUACCGAGGACCCUCUGUUACAAGCCGGCAAGCGAGCUUUCGAGCCUUCGCGUGCUCUUCCCAAUUUCACCCAGAGCCGUGGCGCUUUCAAGACAUACAACACGGCCAAGUCCAAGAUCAAUGCGUGGGAGCCCGUGGCUGCGCCCCGGGAAUAA